GACGAAGAGACGGGACUUCAGAUUGUGAAGGAGGCGAUGCAGGCAGGGCUCAACGCUUGCUGCAUCCACGACGCAGGGCGCACCCAAGUACCCAGAGGGUCAAUGACGGCCAUUGCUGUGGGGCCUGCUCCAGUCGGCCGCAUCGACAAGAUAACGGGCCACUUGAAGCUUCUCUAG